AUGCCUAGGCUGUGGUCUGAAUAUCGUGGGGUAUGUAGCCCCCAGACGCACCCUAUCCAGCAUCGAACUUUGCCUAGGCUGUGGUCUGAAUAUCGUGAAGGGGAGGCUUCGGACCGAGGGGGGAAGGUGGCUCGCAGAGGAGAGGGCACGAGGCGGAGCUCGGAAGGUGCCAGCGCAAGGCCACGCGUCAGAUCAGGAGAGGACCGCACCGCGGAUGCGAGGAGUCACUGCACACUUGUCAGAUGUGCGAGGGCCGAGACUUCGGUCGAAUCCGGAAGUGACACGCAAUUGCCAGCUGCUCGGAUGACUCAACCAUUUCGGACACGUGGCACAUUUUGGGUGAGGGUGACGUGGCCGAAGUUGGGCCAUGCGAAAUUCCUCGGAUUUUGUGCAAAAACUUCUAAAAUCCAUAACUUUCGCAUACGAGCUUCGUGUUUGACGUUCUUUAGACUUCGUAGCUUCUGCGCCACCUUCAAAGGAGACGGUUCUUAUUCCGGCGUCAGAAGAAUGCCUAAAGUGAAGACAAACCGUGUUAAAUACCCAGAGGGAUGGGAGCUCAUAGAACCUACUCUUCGUGAAUUACAAGGAAAAAUGAGAGAAGCUGAGAAUGAUCCACACGAUGGGAAGAGAAAAUGUGAGACACUAUGGCCUAUUUUCAAAAUUGCACACCAAAAGAGUCGUUACAUAUUUGACCUUUAUCAUCGAAGGAGAGAAAUUUCAAAGGAAUUGUUUGAAUUUUGCUUGGAUCAAGGGUAUGCAGAUCGUAAUAUCAUUGCCAAGUGGAAAAAGCCAGGAUAUGAACGACUUUGUUGUUUAAGAUGCAUUCAGCCACGUGAUCAUAACUUCCAAACAACGUGUGUUUGUAGAGUCCCAAAGCAUCUGAGAGAGGAAAAGGUUAUAGAGUGUGUGCAUUGUGGUUGCAAAGGGUGUGCAAGUGGAGAUUAACAACUUACCUUGCAUUAAGUACUAUCGAUGCUUAGUUGCUCACAUAUUGUAUUAUGCUUGAAUUUAUUUCAACUUUAUCACUUGUUUUGGUGGUGUUAACAAGAUGAUUAACCUUUUGGUAUAAAAAUGGUUGUCAUGUAUGCUAAUGUGGUUGGAAAUUAGUUUACGUAUGGAC